AUGAACCCACUCCACAAGGAGCUGGAGGGACGAGGGCACUGGGGGUCCAAGGCUGAGUACAUCCUGACUGUGAUGGGCGCGAUCAUCGGACCUGGGAACGUGUGGAGGUUUCCAUACCUGUGCUACAGGAACGGCGGAGGUGUGUUCUUCAUCCCGUACGUCUUGUUUAUGUUUACAUGCGGAAUCCCCCUCUUCUUCCUUGAGACUGCACUAGGACAGUACACCAACCAGGGGGGGAUCACGUGCUGGAAAAAGAUUUGUCCACUUUUUCAGGGCAUGGGCUUUGCAAGUCACUUAAUCAUCGCAUUCAGCGCAACGUCCUACAUCAUCAUCAUAGCGUGGGCGUUCUUCUACCUGUUCUUGUCAUUCAGCCAGGAUUUGCCCUGGGCCUCAUGCGGACACUACUGGAACACAGACUCGUGCUUGGACUUCAACAAUCCAAACCUGAGCCUCAGCAUGAUGGGCAAAGAGAACGGCACUCUUCCUGUUGUGGAGUUCUGGCAGCGGCGAGUUUUGAAACUCUCCAAUGGAAUUGAGGAGGUGGGCAGCUUGAGGUGGGAACUGGUCUUGUGUCUCAUCCUGACAUGGGUCAUCUGCUACUUCUGCGUUUGGAAGGGCAUCAAGUCCACAGGAAAGGCAGCCUACUUCACAGCCACCUUCCCCUUCGUCAUGCUGUUAGUUUUGCUAGUUCGCGGCGUUACGCUACCUGGGGCAAUGCAUGGAAUCAUUUACUACCUCUACCCUGACAUCUCCCGCCUUUCAGAUCCCCAGGUGUGGAUGGACGCUGGAACUCAGAUCCUCUUUUCUUACGCCAUCGGACUUGGGUUCCUGACCUCUCUUGGGAGUUACAACACUUACAAUAAUGACUGUUACAGUGUCACCAGCAUCGUGGCUGGCUUUGCCGUCUUCUCUAUUUUGGGUUUUAUGACAUAUGAACAGGGAGUGGAUAUUUCAGAGGUGGCAGAAUCUGGCCCAGGGCUGGCUUUCAUUGUCUUCCCACGUGCACUCGCUAUGAUGCCAAUGCCUCAGGUGUGGUCAGUGUGUUUCUUCCUCAUGAUUAUUCUGCUCGGACUGGAUAGUCAGUUUGUUGGGAUGGAGUGUUUGAUGACAUCACUAGUUGAUCUGUUCCCAGCUCACCUGCGCAAGGGCUGUAGGCGUGAGCUGCUCCUGCUGGCCAUCUGCACCUCCUGCUGUCUGCUGGGACUCUUACUGGUAACAGAGGGAGGGAUGUACCUGCUCCAGCUGUUGGAUCAUCAUGUCUGCAGCGGCACCACGCUCAUCCUCCUCUCUUUUUGUCAGUCUGUCAGCAUUGGCUGGGUCUAUGGUUCUGAUCGUUUCUAUGACAACAUCACAGACAUGAUUGGUUAUCGUCCAUACCCGUUAAUGAAAUACUGCUGGUGCUUCAUUACUCCCCUCACCUGUAUGGGCACCUUCAUCUUCUCCAUUGUCAAAUACUCCCCGCUGAAGUUCAGUAACACGUAUGUUUAUCCACUCUGGGCCAACAUCUUGGGAUGGUUCAUUGCCAGCGUCUCCCUCUCCCUCAUCCCACUGUUUGUGUUAGUGAAAGUGUUGCAGGGAAAAGGCACUCUACGACAGCGGUUGGUCUUCCUCUGCCAUCCUGUGGAUGACCUCCCCUGGAAUCAAGAACAUCCCCCUGCACUGGGAACCAACGGCACCGCUGCCUACACAGCAGAGCUCAAAUCUUUUUCCGACACCGAGGAAGUCACUAAAUGA